AUGACGCAGAACUUGGAAAACACGCCGCUCACGUCGGGAGAGAACGGAAGCUUGGCCACUUCGGAGAAGCCAGUUAAAGCAGAAGACACGGUGAAGGGGAUUCAGGUCAAGUCUUCUGAUGGAAAACUGCAUAAUCUGAUCUAUAAUGAAACGAGAAAUACGUUGACAUUCGCUCUGCAUGGGUAAGUCUUUCCCAGGUUCCGUAACAGAUCCAACCCUCUUUUUAUAUAUAUCGUACGUUAACUGUAAGAACUUUUCAGUAAUAAGCGUAGAGAGCUAACGAUAAACUACAACGAGAUCCUCGCCAUACGUUCCAGUCCAGUCAAAAUCUAUGGUGGACUACCGAAGAAGGUGGAUCCUGAUGAGCAUAACAAAAAGAAUCCCAAUGCUUUGUACAUAUACUAUACCUACAGACAGAACAUAUACCUAUGGAGGGUGAGGGAAGCUGCUGUCUUCUUCUUAACUACUCGAGACAAAGAACAAUGGGAAGAGAUGUUGAAGAAGCCGUUACAAGGUAAAAGUCUCAAGAGUACCAUGGUUACCUGUUUUAGAGCUGAAAGAACGUGCCUCCAACAUUCUGAUUUUCAUAAACCCAUACGGAGGUAAGGGCAAGGCCAAGCAGAUCUACGACAAGCAAGUGGAGCCAAUUCUCGACCUUGUCGGUCUAAAGCGAGAAGUCAUUCUAACUCAACGUGCCGACCAUGCUCGUGACACUAUACAAGAGCUGGGCGAAGCGUGGAAGACUAUUGACGGAGUCGUCAGUGUUGGAGGAGAUGGUCUAUUCAAUGAAGUAUUAUACUCCAGUAUCAUAAGGUAAGUUCCAACUAGACAUACUUAAUAAGAUACGAUGUAACGAAGAAAAACUAUUCAGGAUGAAAGUAAUAUUCAGCUAUAACUAUCCAUUUUCAGGACCCAGUCUGAGAACGAGAAGGACAUAAACGACGUGAACGUGGACCAGCUUGUCACUCCCACCUUCCGUUUUGGUAUUAUUGGUGCAGGUUCCGCAAACUCAAUAGUAUCUUCAGUGCAUGGUGUUGACGACUGUCCUACUGCAGCUAUACACAUUGCCAUUGGAAGCCGAUGUGCUGUAGAUGUGUGCACCGUGCACGAAGGCCCUAAGCUAUCCCGAAUAUCCGCUAACGCAAUAUCGUACGGAUGGUUGGGUGAUGUGUUACACGACUCUGAACGGUACCGUUACAUGGGACCAGUGAGGUACCAAUGGUCAGGUAAGUUAUGAGAACAGUGGAUUGUGACUUAUAUUAUAGCAUUAAGAACCACGGUCAGGCAUCCUUCAUAUUGUGGACGUGUAUCGUUCGCAGUAACCGAGAAGUCAAAUGAGAAAGUACAGCUACCUCAAUGUAAAUCGCCAUGUUCAAUAUGUCAAGGGUAAGUUCCUUACUUAAAGCUCACAAGGAUUUAGGCGUGAACAGCCCGACCCUAAUCUACCGUACCACUGGCAAACCGACUUCACUCAUUGUAUAUGUUGUGUCAUACCAUGUGUGAGCCCUUUUACUCCUUACGGAUUAGCGCCAUAUGCUGGAGUUGGCGAUGGUACCAUGGACCUUGCAUUGGUGCCCAAAGUCAGUAGAUGUCAGAAUCUACAGAUCAUGAGGACCGUCUCCAUGUACGGAGGAAAGGAACUGCUACCUCGAGGACUUAACCUUAAAGUUUACCGAGUCAAGAGAUGGUCGUACACACCUUCGGCUUUGCUAAACCCAGAAGAACCCAAGGACGAGGACAACGUAAAGCAAGGAAGCUGGAAUCUGGAUGGAGAGAUCCUUCCUCAACCAACCGACAAGAUCUUGCACUUCAGGUAAGACCUUAUUCAUUACAGCCAUCGGCUGUUAACCUACGUGUAUUAAGCUUCUUCAAACGGAAACUGUAAUAACAUAAUUUCAGGCUGCACCCUAUGCUUAUCAGCUACUUUGGUCGCGAGCUGGACCUUGACGAUCCUCGCUAUCAGAAAUGUCACUGUUGCCAUUGUCCCACCAAGUUUUCUAAUCUCGUCGUUAUCAGCUAA